AUGGCUACUACCUCUACGGCAGCGGAGGCGACCUCAACUGGGAAAACCAGGCUGCGGGUGUCGUUGGAAGCCGCUGCGGCGCGCCAGGGUCCAUCUAUUGGACAAUGGCUUGAGUUUCCCGGCUACUCGCUGGCAAGGACUGUUUCGCAAUUGGGAGAAGAUCGCGGGCAUAUGCAGUGGGUAUUAAUCGACUGCGAACACGGGAAUAUCGACGAUAGCGAGAUGUACCUACAAGUCGGCGCAGUGUCUUCUUCAGGGAUAUCGCCGAUUGUCCGUAUUCCUGCAGCAGAGCCGUGGAUGAUGAAGAGAGCUCUUGACAGCGGUGCUCAUGCAAUCAUGGUUCCAAUGUGCGAAACCAAGGUAAAACAAACAGACAGAAAAUCGUCUUGCCUCUCCUCUGACAUUGCGCAGGACCAGGCGGAGGCGAUCGUGCGAGGCUGCAAAUAUCCUUCAGCGCAAUGGCCGCAAGCUGCUCGUGGGACUGGGGCCAUGUUUGCUCCGGCUGCAUUUAAUCAAAAUGGGCGAGAAUACUUGGCCCGUGCUAAUGAUUCGGUCAUGGUCAUCGUUCAGAUCGAGACCCGUCAGGCCGUUGAGAACUGCGAGGAGAUUGCGUGCGUCGAUGGCGUUGAUAUGCUUUUCGUGGGCCCAAAUGAUCUUGCGUCAUCAAUGGGAUAUUUUGCUUUUGACCAUGCCCAGAUUGCCGAAGUUCAGCAUGCCUCGCAGCGUGUUCUCGAUGCCGCGAAAGCUGCCGGGAAGUAUGCGGGCCACUUCGCUUUAUCGGCGGAGAUCGCGUCCGAGAAAUAUAUGCAAGGAUUUGAUUUUGUGAAUUGUGGCGCUGAUAUAGUCGCCGUUACGGUGUGGAUGUCGGAGGAAAUGACAAAACUGAAGCGGCUGGUGACAAAAAAGUGA